AAAAUACUCCCGACUCCACAGAUGCAACCCCCCACUAAUCCAAGCGCUUUGGCAUGGGACCCACUAAGCGUUUAAUCUUAAUCCUUAGCUCUUUUCCCUUCUAAUAUAAAGCAGCUGUACCCUUCACUAUUCCCCUCGGCCCCUCACAUCGAUUCCACCGGCUCUCUGUCUCUCUUAGCAGUUGGAAGCGAUGAACCAAUCGGCGUCCGGCGAGAGGAAACCGGAGUCGAUGGGGCCGCCGAUGGGGCUCUCCCGAUACGGCUCGGCGCCCGGCUCGUUCCUAUCGGGGCUCGCCGAUUCGGUCGCCACCGGCAGGGGAGGAGAGGAGCUGUCGGCCGUCGGGUCGGAGGGGAUGAUCGGCCGGUUCUUCUCGGGCGACUCCCCGUGCCUCACGUCCGAGUCGAGCUGCCGGGCCGCCUGCCGGGGCUCUGAUCGUGACACCCCGGGGGCUCCGGCAACCGGCGGGGCGUGCCUUCAUGGGCCCUACGCCCCCGAGGCGCUCCAAGUGUCGGCUGCCGGGUCGCCCUUGGUACGGCACAGCAGCUCGCCCGCUGGCUUCUUCUCCCAUCUCCUAACGGAUCACGGUCUUUCUGCUACAAGGGCAAUUGGAAAUUACUCUCAAGCAGGCACAGAUGGCAUCCACGCAUAUGCAAAUAGAAGGCUGCGGUCCCAAUGGAGCUUUUCAAGGCAGGAUUCACUGUCACAAAUCUCAGAAUUGAGCAUCCCCGAAAUAGGGGAGACUGAUACAUGCUGCAACAGCUCAGAUGAGGCAACUGGGCAUGCUGGCCAAUCAUACAUUUCUGGCAAUUUUCAGUUGGGCUCAUGGGAUGAUAACAAUUCAAUUGUGUUUACUGCUCCACCUAGCAAACGGGCCAAAGAUAAUAAUGGGGAUAUAGUUACUGGUCUCAGUAAUGUAGAUUCUCAGUUUAGUCUGCCAAGGACUUCAUCAGAAAUGUCUGCUUUAGAGAAAUACCUUCAGGUCCAACAAGAUUCAGUCCCUUGCAGAGUCCGAGCUAAGCGUGGCUGUGCAACACAUCCCCGGAGCAUUGCUGAGAGGGAGAGGAGAACUCGAAUUAGCAAAAGGUUGCAAAAAUUGCAAGAUCUUGUGCCUAACAUGGACAAGCAAACGAGCACUUCAGACAUGUUGGAGUUGGCAAUUCAGCACAUCAAAGAGCUGCAGAGCCAAGUUCAGAAACUAAAACAAGAACAAGCUAAUUGCACAUGUCCAGAGAUGCAAGAGAAAGCUUGAGAGUGAUACAAUUACUACGAAGAAUAUGCUGUGCGAUAUCAUUGUUGUCUUAUUGGUGUUGUGUAUUUAAGCGAAAAAUCCUUGCCAAUUGUACGUUGAUGUUUACUUUUUGUGAUCUUUCGGCGUAGAUGGUAAAGAACGAGGUCAUGUAAUAUGGUGACUUGUUAUUUUCUUUCACUGUAUCAUUUUGCUGUACUCAGAUGUGGCAGCUAUUUAGUGGUCCAAAACUAGCAGAUGGAAGCCCAUUCUAUA